AUAUUUGAUUUAGCUACAUUUACAUAGCUACAUAUGUGACGUUUACUCCAAACAAUAACUAUUACUGUUUCAACAUAAAACAUAUUAUCCCAACUAGAGAUUUCUUGUUUCAUUAGUGAGCGCGUGGUGUCGCUGGAGACCACAGAAUCAAAUGUUGCCAUGUCUAUUAAAACUCCUCCUUCCUUCGUGAGAAAAUGAUCAUCGUCACUUCCAUUGUCGCUUCAAUAAGAUAUACACUCAGAUGGUGCUGUUGCUAGUAAAGCGACUCUUUCCCUGAAAAUUAAGGAUUUUACCGGAUUUGCGAUAGCUCUUGGAGAUGAAUGAUUGCUGGGAUUAAGUUAUUCUGUUCAAACAACGAUGGGUGUUCAAGGACAAAGGGGACAUGUUUGGAUCCAAAUCGUUUCAUUGCUUUGUCUCUGUGACUGGACUGCCUCUCAGAUUUCUUACUCCGUUUCCGAGGAGGUGAACAAAGGCACCGUAGUGGGGAACCUCGCGAAGGAUUUAAACAUCAAUGUGCAGGAGCUGGAGUCAAGGGAUCUCCGAAUUGUAUCGGGUUACAGUAAGAAAUAUUUUGAUGUAAAUUUGCGGACCGGAAACCUCUUUGUUGACGAGAGGAUAGACAGAGAGGAGAUUUGUCUAACCACUGUAAAGUGUUCCAUAAAUAUACAGGCUGUAUUAAUCAAUCCAAUGAAAGCACACCGCAUUGAAGUCAGUGUUUUAGAUAGAAAUGACAACGCACCAGCUUUCAUUGAACAGUCCUAUUCUUUGAAUAUUUCUGAAUCUAUGUCACCGGGAGAGCGAUAUCUCCUCCCUAUAGCCGUAGAUGCUGACACGGGGAGUAACUCCGUGAAGAGCUACAAACUGAGUCUUAAUGAACAUUUCUCACUAGAUGUGCAGAGUGGUGGAGAACACAGUCUCUCUGUUGAGCUAGUCCUGCAAAAAGCUUUAGACCGAGAGAAACAGCCUGUUAUUAAACUGGUCCUGACCGCUGUAGAUGGAGGUAAACCUCCGAGAUCCGGGACAUUGCAGUUGAAUAUAAAUGUAAUAGACGCUAAUGAUAAUGCACCUGCUUUUAGCAAACAGCUUUAUAAAGCGCGAGUUAGUGAAAACGCUGCACGUGGAACAGUGGUAAUAAAGUUAAAUGCAACCGAUUUAGACGAGGGCAUGAACAGCAAGCUCUUGUACUCCUUUAUCAAACAAGGGAAUAAUGAUCCAUCUAAUAUAUUUGAUAUAAAGUCAGAAACAGGUGAAAUUAUUGUUAAGGGCAUAAUAGACUAUGAGGACACGACUGCCUACGAAAUUAGGGUUCAAGCAAAGGACCAAGGCCAUUCUCCUCGUAGUGCGCAUGCAAAACUUCUCAUAGAGAUCGUUGAUAUCAACGAUAAUGCCCCAGAAAUAUCAAUAACGUCACUAACGACCCCAAUACAAGAAGACUCAGAGAUAGGGACAAUCGUUGCUUUGGUUACAGUUAUUGAUAAAGAUGGAGGAAACAAUGGCAUAACUAACUGUAAGCUUGCCGGGUCUGUUCCGUUUAAACUUCAGUCGAACUACAAAAAUGACUAUUCAUUACUGGUAGAUGGAUCCUUAGACAGAGAAACUACUCCUCAUUAUAAUGUCACCAUUAUAGCGACAGAUGAAGGAAUCCCUCCUCUCUCCAGCACCAGUUUUAUUGUUGUUCACGUUUCUGAUGUCAAUGACAAUUCACCUGUUUUUACAGAGCCCGUGGUUAAUGUCUAUGUGAAAGAGAACAGUCCCACAGGGGCCACUCUCUAUACAAUAAGAGCGUUUGACCCUGAUUCAGAUGAAAAUGCAAAAGUAGCAUACACACUGAUAGAUAUUUAUCCAAGAAAUAUUCCGAUUUCGUCAGUCGUGCACAUCAACUCAGAAACAGGAGAUAUAGUCAGCCUGCAGUCUUUUAACUUCGAGGAGUUAAAGACGUUCCAGUUUAAGGUUCAGGCCACAGACUCUGGUGUUCCUCCGCUCAGCAGCAACGUGACUGUCAAGGUUUUCAUCCUGGAUGAGAAUGACAACAGUCCCGGGAUCCUCGCGCCCUAUUCUGAGCACGGCUCCGUUAACAGUGAGAACAUUCCCUAUUCUGCUGAAGCGGGCUACUUUGUGGCCAAGAUCAGGGCUGUGGACGCCGACUCUGGCUACAAUGCGCUGCUUUCUUAUCACAUCUCCGAGCCCAAGGGGAGCAACCUGUUCCGAAUCGGAACCAGCACCGGGGAAAUCAGGACUAAGAGGCGAAUGAGUGACAAUGACUUGAAAACUCACCCGCUGGUGGUGCUGGUUUGUGAUCACGGAGAGCCCUCCCUGUCAGCCACUGUGUCUAUUGAUGUGGUGGUGGUUGAGAGCACAGCUGACAUCCAGACUCAGUUCAGACAUGUAGCGAUAAAGGAGGAGAACUUCUCCGAUAUAAACCUAUAUUUGCUGAUCGCCAUUGUGUCGGUGUCAGUGAUCUUUCUGCUGAGCCUCAUCAGUUUAAUAGCUGUGAAAUGCCACAGGACAGACGACAGUUUCGGCAGGUACGGCGCCCCAAUGAUCACCACCCAUCCUGACGGGAGCUGGUCUUACUCUAAAUCGACUCAGCAGUAUGACGUGUGUUUCAGCUCAGACACACUGAAGAGUGACGUAGUGGUUUUCCCUGCGCCGUUUCCGCCUGUAGAUGCGGAGUUGAUCAGUAUUAAUGGAGGAGACACUUUUAACAGGACUCAGACUUUACCUAACAAAGAGAAGGUAUGUUGCGCUCUCUGAACAAUACUUUAACAAUUUAUUUUCCUGAAAUGUAUGUGUGUGCGUUUGUGCGUUUUCAAUUCUUCAAAUUUCUUUCAUAUUCUUUAACUGGCUGUUUUUGAUUAAUGUUAUGGAGUUCUCGUUUCAAAACGUUGUGCAGUGUAAACACAUCACAAGGCUUACAUGG